AUGGCCGCUGACCUCACGGAUGAGCAAAUCGCCGAGUUCAAGGAAGCGUUCGCGCUGUUCGAUAAGGAUGGCGAUGGGACGAUCACGACGAAGGAACUCGGGACGGUGAUGCGAUCGCUCGGACAGAACCCCACGGAGGCGGAGUUGCAAGAUAUGAUCAACGAAGUCGACGCGGAUGGCAACGGCACGAUCGACUUUCCGGAAUUCUUGAACUUGAUGGCGCGAAAGAUGAAGGAUACGGACAGCGAAGAGGAGUUGCAGGAGGCGUUCAAGGUGUUCGAUAAGGAUGGUAACGGGACGAUCUCCGCUGCGGAGUUGCGACACGUGAUGACGAACCUCGGGGAGAAACUCACCGACGAAGAGGUGGAUGAGAUGAUUCGCGAAGCCGACGUCGACGGAGACGGAGAAGUCAACUACGAAGAGUUCGUCAAGAUGAUGAUGGCGAAGUAA